UGGAGUUACACGGACAGUGCAGUUACGCUGUGGAGCAGUGUUUGCUGUGCUUUACUCGGGUUUUCUCUUGUGUGAUUUUUAUUUUUUAAAAAGGCCUGACAAUGAGGGAGAUCGUGCACGUACAAGCCGGGCAGUGCGGCAAUCAGAUCGGUGCCAAGUUCUGGGAAGUCAUCAGUGACGAACAUGGCAUUGACCCGACUGGUACCUACCAUGGAGACAGUGACCUUCAGCUGGAUCGUAUUAACGUCUACUACAAUGAGGCAUCAGGAGGUAAAUAUGUUCCCCGUGCCAUCCUGGUGGACCUAGAACCUGGCACCAUGGACUCUGUUCGCUCCGGACCAUUUGGGCAGAUCUUCCGACCGGAUAACUUUGUGUUCGGCCAGAGCGGUGCGGGCAACAACUGGGCGAAGGGGCACUACACAGAGGGGGCAGAGCUGGUGGACUCUGUGCUGGAUGUGGUGAGGAAGGAGGCGGAGAGCUGUGAUUGCCUUCAGGGAUUCCAGCUGACCCACUCGCUGGGAGGUGGCACUGGCUCGGGCAUGGGCACACUGCUGAUCAGCAAGAUCCGCGAGGAGUACCCAGACCGCAUCAUGAACACCUUCAGCGUGGUGCCCUCUCCCAAGGUGUCAGACACGGUGGUGGAACCGUACAACGCUACGCUGUCGGUCCACCAGCUGGUGGAGAACACCGAUGAGACCUACUGCAUCGACAACGAGGCCCUGUACGACAUCUGUUUCCGCACCCUCAAGCUGACCACCCCGACCUACGGGGACCUCAACCAUCUGGUCUCGGCCACCAUGAGCGGGGUGACCACCUGCCUGCGCUUCCCGGGCCAGCUCAACGCCGACCUGCGCAAGCUGGCGGUCAAUAUGGUGCCCUUCCCGCGCCUCCAUUUCUUCAUGCCCGGCUUCGCCCCCCUCACCAGCCGCGGGAGCCAGCAGUACCGGGCCCUGACCGUGCCCGAGCUGACCCAGCAGGUCUUCGACGCCAAGAACAUGAUGGCGGCCUGCGACCCGCGCCACGGCCGCUACCUGACGGUGGCGGCGGUCUUCAGGGGGCGUAUGUCCAUGAAGGAGGUGGACGAGCAGAUGUUGAACGUGCAGAACAAGAACAGCAGCUACUUCGUGGAGUGGAUCCCCAACAACGUCAAGACGGCCGUGUGCGACAUCCCGCCACGCGGCCUCAAGAUGGCCGUCACCUUCAUCGGCAACAGCACCGCCAUCCAGGAGCUCUUCAAGCGCAUCUCGGAGCAGUUCACCGCCAUGUUCCGGCGCAAGGCCUUCCUGCACUGGUACACGGGCGAGGGCAUGGACGAGAUGGAGUUCACUGAGGCCGAGAGCAACAUGAACGACCUGGUCUCUGAGUACCAGCAGUACCAGGACGCCACCGCUGAGGAGGAGGGAGAGUUUGAGGAGGAGAUCGAGCAAGACGAGGCCUAAAGGCUAGUCGGCUGCGCCCGCCUUUUUUUUUCUGUGUACAUAAAACAUCCUUUUUAAAAACAAAACAGCAGGAGAAAAAAAAAUUGUGUUUAAAACAGGCGGGGUCCAUGGGCCCUCGGGUUCCACAGGACUUGAGUUCAAAGGAAACUUUUUUUGUCCCUUUACCCUCGUUACCCCUCCAUUAUAAUUCCAGCGCCAGAUGUAUCGUCUCAGUUCCCAAACUAAAGCACCAUGGCCCCAGAUCCAAAACCACCUCCCCCUCCCCCACCCCCGUCCUAUUUUGCAUGUUUUAAAUCGAAACGGGCCGUGGUUGUCAUGAGUGUGGUAGUGUGAUAGUUUUGUGUUUUUUUCUUUAAAUUUCAUUUUGUCGGGAGCAGUUGGUAGGCACACUUGACUGAAGUAGGGGAGGGCGUGGAUGAGGGAGGUUGAAACAGGAAGGACCUGAGGAAUGUUGGGAUGGAGGGAAAUUGAAAGGCUGAGGUGAAAUUUCACAACGAUUAUCUCAGUGGUGGGCCUACCAGUCUGGGUGAGUGGGUGGAGAUUUGGAGAGGGUCAGAUGAUGGGAAUUAGCAGUAGCUGGGUUGAAAUCUGGUUCAGGUGCCCUUGUGCUGCGGUGGUAGUGCCUCUACCUCUGAGCCAGGAGGCCUGGAUUCAAGUCCUGCCUGCUCCAUAGGUGUGUAAUAACGUCCCCUGAACUGGUGGAUUAGAAAAUUUGUGUAUUUGAAACCUUGCUCCUGAUUUUUGGUAUUGCUGUGCAGUCCAGCAGUCACUGACGUUCCACUAUUUUAAUGGAAUCCAAUUUCAUGCAUGUUGGCAGAGAUCAAAUAUCAUUCCAGUCGUUUGUUCAGUUGGCCCAAAGAUCUCGUUUGAUCCCCAAAAGAGAGGGCCUUCACAACACAUCUAUUACUUCGAAAACAUGGAGGUGGUUGGAAAUGGAUCUGUGCUAGUGGAGAAACAUUGAUAAUAGGGAUCUCCCUUUUAAAUAUCGGGAGAGUAAGCUUCCCAAAUACAUGGGAUCUCACAGCUUUAUUUGUAGGAGUAGCGUCGUAGUCCGAAACCAGGUUUGGAGGUCCGUAAGCCCAUUUCUUGAUUGGUCAAAUUGUUCUGACAGGGCACUGGUGGUUUGUUUCUGUUGAUGGGUUUGAAGUUCGCUGGCCUGCUCUCUAGCACCUCACUGUCCAGUGUGUAGAAGGUAGAGGAUCUGCUUUGUGUGUACUGUUGGGGCUGUGGCAAUGUCCACUGCAUGCCCUUCACCCACUUUGGUCUGGGGCUACCUCUCAUCUCUUACUUAGUGGGGCCAGGGCUCCAAGAGUGACCUUGUGCAAGGGUUUGGGCCACACUGUGGUUGGUUCUAGAUCUAUCAGCCAGCUAGGCAAUGGCUAGUGCCAACUGAUGCCCAGUGAUGCUGAACUGCAAAACAAGAAUAUACACAAUAAUUUGGCGCAAGGGUCUCAAAAACGAUACCUUUGAUUUCAAAAUCCCGAAAAUCCUCCAUCUUUGUUCAUAUACCUGAAGGAAUUGUCCAUGCUGUACAGGAAGAAAAAACUGCUUUUCUCUCUUACCAACUUUCGUGUGAGAUUGUUGAACCUGUGAUGUAAAUUUUGUCUGUUUUUAGAUGUGUCCUACUUUUCAACUGCUUGUUCAAACUCUGGUUGAGUUCGUAUUGUCUGAAUACAAUCCUCCUUCUCUACCUGUCUACGUGCCCUGUUUGGGGGAUUUUUCCCACCAAUAAACCCUCUUACUUUUUGGGUCUGUAAUCGUCAGAAUAGCUGAGCCAGCAGUGUGGCUGGAGGAUGAGUUAAUUCCACACUGCCGAUCUCUUCCCAGCUGAGGAACUUUUUUUUUGAGAGGGGAAGCAGAAUUUGCUGUAAAGUUACACUGUGCUCAACUUGUCACUAGUUGCUAACAGGAAGGGUAUUCCUGAUGGCUGAGGGGGUGGUGUGAGACUGUGUUCUUUUACCUGUUGAGCCUUGGAUGAACCUUUUUUGAAGGAUUGUGACCUAGAUGUUCUUUGAUUGUUUUCCAUGCUGCUGCUUACUGAGUUGUCACCCAGUCUUUCAAUUUUUCCUAACUUUUGUUUGCAUUUUGCUGCUGUCAAUGUCCUGUUACUGUUUUUAUGAAUUGCACCCUUCUGUUCUCUUUGUUUUUUUGUUUUUUCAUAUUGAAAAGUAUAAAGCCGGCCUGUUUCUUAACUGACAAAUAAAACAAGUUUUCUUUGCGAUA